AUGUUGGAGGGCUGCUGGCUGACCACCUGCAAAAGGCAGACAAUUUUUAGCCCUGGGGAAAGUGUGGCUGUGGGUGGUUCGCCAUACGGAACCGGCUGGCCGGAAGUGUGGCUGUGGGUGGUUCGCCGCCAGACUGUGAUGGUGGCGAGGCACGGCCGCGUGACUGUGCUGUGCUGGAUUCAGAGCUUGGCCCUGCAUGAGGCUUUCAGCACCCUUGGGCCUAAAUCUUCAUCCCUGUCUGUAGUCUCAGAAGAAAGCAAGCUUCUCUUUUCCACUUCCAUCAAAGACCUCAGAAUUGAGUCUCAUUGUUUGGUUGGAUCAUGUGUCCAUCUCUGGUACAGGAAGAUCAUGAGUUGGAUCAUGAGUCCAUUUCUGGCAUAUGAAGAAGGUUUUGGGUACCCCCAAGUCACAGGGACUGAGAGUGGAGAGGAGUGAUUCUCAACAGGGGUGCAAUAAUCAGAACAAGGGGGCUUGGAUGCUAAUCAAGAUGGAAGUCAUGAGUUGUAUGCUGGAAACAGUGGAUGUCCUCUACAUGUCCUCCUUGUCCUGGAGGAGGUAUAGUUCACUUGUGGGCAUACCCACAAUGAGGUAAAAUGACAACUCAAGAUGUCGACUGAAAUUAAAGAUAUCUCUGUGAUAGAUGUGACAAGGUUCUAUGUAACAAAUGCCACAAGAAGUACCACUGUAAGAGCUCAAAGAGGAAGAAGUGCCUGGACUAGGGUAACUGGGAGCACCUUGUGGAAGAAUUUGACAGGAGGAGAGAGGACGUCGUGAAGGAUGAGGGAGAACCAGAAGG